AUGUACCACUCUGACUCCAGCUUUUCAUUGAUCCAAUUUGAUGGUGAUGAAGUAGAGGAAAGGAUAGAUGAAGGAGAUUGCGUUGGUAGAUUAACAGAUGAAAGUUCGAUAACACGUUUAACCAAUAGAGGAUUCAUCGCAUCUGCACCAAAAUUUCAUCCUUGUCCAAGUAACAAAGAAUGGAAAUCCAAAUAUCAGUAUCUACGGUAUAAUAGAACAUGGAAAAGCGACGAUGUUAUCAUUGAUAGUAUGACGAACCAUGUUACGGGUGGAUGGAGUCAUAAAAACAAAAAUCAUGCUAUAGGUGGAAAUUCAUCCUUAUCUUCUUCAUCCUUGUGGAUCUCUACUUCAUCCGAUUUUCAAUGGUUGAUAUGGGAGAUUGUUAGAAGAUUGGUAAAAUUAAGAAGAGAUAAAGUAGAAACUCAUUUAAUUCAAAAAUGUGAACAUAUCUCGAGGAAUUAUAAAGGAUUAAAACCAAUACAUGUGGAUCCCUCACCUCAUAUCGAAGACAAAGUUAUCGAGCAUAAUCAUUAUCCAUUUCAGACGGUAUAUGACGUCGCAUCGAAUUUCGUUAGAGCUUCAAGUGAAAUAUUGUUUUAUGGUAGGAUAUUCGAUAAGAAUAUAAUAGAAAGUACCGUAUGGACAAAAUGGGAUACCGGAUUCCAGCUGCCAGAUUAUUGUUACAUACCUAGGAAAUACUGGAACUACAGAAAUCCAUGGUUCGAUCGUUUAGUUUGGGAUACAAACGAUUCUUCCUCAGAAGCCAAGUUUAAGAUGGAACGAAGGCGAAUACAACUUGAGAAUUCUAGGCGAUGA